AUGGCAACAACUGUUAGUGAAAAUCAACGACAUCGUAAAAAAGAAAAUUUUUUAAGACAAUUUCGCGAUGAACAAAGUAAAGAAUUUAAACAAUUAACUGCAAUACAAUUUAUGGAAAUUUGGAGUCAUUAUGAUACGGAUGGUAAUGGUUUCAUUGAAGGACAUGAAUUAGAUAAUCUUCUUCGUGAGCUUGCAGCAUCUGUUAAUCUAAGUGAUACAGGUCCUGAAGUGAUAUCAGAUAGUGUUUUACGGGAACUAAAAGAAUGUUUUUUAGAAGCUUAUGAUGAAAAUGCAGAUGGUCGGAUUGAAAUUGGAGAAUUAGCAGAAAUAUUACCUACAGAAGAAAAUUUUCUCCUACUUUUUCGUAAAGAUAAUCCACUUGAUUCAAGUGUUGAUUUUAUGAAAGUAUGGAAACAAUUCGAUACAGAUUGUUCAGGUUAUAUUGAAGCUGAUGAAUUAAAACAAUUUAUUAAAACACUUUUAAAUAGACGGCAAGGAAAUAAAAUAACUGAAGAGAAAUUAAUUGAAUAUACAGAUACAAUUUUACAUAUUUUUGAUGCAAAUGGUGACGGAAAAUUACAAUUUAGUGAAAUGACGAAACUUUUACCUGUAAAAGAAAAUUUCUUGUUACGCCCUAUUUUUAAGGGUUGUUCAUUAUUAACAUCACAAGAUCUUGAUAAAGUGUUUCAACUUUAUGAUAAAGAUGGAAAUAAUAUUAUAGAAGAAGAAGAAUUAGAUGGUUUUGUCAAAGAUCUUAUGGAUCUUGUUAGAAAAGAUUAUGAUAAUGAUGAUUUACAACAAUUCAAACGAUCAUUAUUAAAUGGGUGCGAUAUUAAUCGAGAUAAAAAGCUUAGCAAACCUGAACUUAAAAUGGUUCUAUUAGCUUUAAGUCAAUCGCCUGAUGCUUAA